AUGGCAGCCCUCCUACUGAACCCAAGAGACCAGUUCACCGCCGAUGGCAAAGCCCCACAGGCCUGCGGAAACUGCAAGCGCCAGAAGCGCAAAUGCGAUAAGGCGUUCCCCUCCUGUGGGCUAUGUUCCCGUAUGGAACGCUGCUGCGACUAUGCCGAGCCGCAGAAGCCUGCCCCGACGGCCGAAGAUUUUGCCGCAUUGCAGCUUAAACUAGUCGAGCUCGAGGAUCGCCUGAAAAACGCCAGCAGCGAAACGUCGUCCGUUAGCAGGAAUGGGGUCGGGCAAGGCCACUACGGCUCCAGCUCUGGUGCAAGCAUGGGCGGCCUGGCUUCGCCGCCGGCAUCAGCGUCUUCUGGUUUGGAGCCCCUUUGGGAGCAGCAGAGCGCGGUUCAAUUCCCACCAGAUGUGUUUCUCGAUAUCGUGACGUACGAGUGCUUAAACCAGCCUGUGCCUAAACCCUCUAUCGAUAUCCCGGCCGAUGUCUUGGAACACUUGAGUGAUGAGACUGCAGUUCAAACUUCUAUUGGCGCCUACUUUGCCACAAUCCACCCUUGGCUACCCAUCAUCUCCAAGAAGCGCAUGCAGAUGGGUGUCAUUUUAAGUCAAGGUGGCCCCGACCCAGCCAUGCUCUCCCUCGCCAUGGUACUUAUGACAACACACCCCACACAAGGUCUUUCCUGCGCGCAGAUGCCGAAGUAUAGGUCUGCGAAGCGCUUCGUUUCGUUGCUCGAGCACAGCGGUGCCACAUCGUUGAUGGUGUUGCAGUCGAUGGUUCUGAUUGCAUAUUUUGAGUAUGCUCACGGGAUAUACCCAGCCGCUUGGAUCACAAUCGGCUCUUGCGUGCGGUACGCCGAUUUCCUCGGGCUGCCGGGGUUCCACGAAGGGAACAUAUUGUUGAGCUCGCCUACAACCUGGACCGAACUAGAGGAGAGGAAACGCACCUGGUGGGCGAUUCUCAUUCUCGAUCGCUUCAUCUGUAUCGGCAACAAGAAGCGCUACCUUUCCCCCGAGCCCUUGGAGCAUGAGUCCUUCCCUGCAGACGACAAAGCCUGGGACGAAGGCCGCGUCGGCCGCGCUUUACAUCAAAGAGUUUCUUCACCAUGCCCCUCCACUUCAUCUUCUUCUCCUUUCUCUUCCCUGUGUCGCUCCGCUCUCUUGACCGGACAAGUCCUUCGCCAUGUCCGGGAUAUAGCAGCAGGACGCAAACAAAGCUCAAACGCCCCCUCAGAAGACCCUCAAGUCCCAGAUGUGACCUCUUUAUCAGCAUCUCUAGCUUCCGAACUGGGAUCACUCCCAAAAGACCUCAUCUUCCUCGGCCCACGCGGCGUUCUCAUGUCCAACGCGAUACUUUUGCAUGAUUUCUACUGCUGUCCCGCCAACCCAGACGGCCGAAUUUGGAAUCUAGACGAGACAGAGCAGCAGGCCCGCUCGGUCGAGGACAUGCGCAAUCUGAGCCGAGAAAUAGCACAGCUGGCCAGCGAGAUCCUACUGCUCACAUUUUCUAUGGAGAAGGAGGAGAACGGCAAGGGCAGCGACAUAGGCGUGAUUAGUCCUUUGGUGCUGGACGCACUCUAUGGCGCGGCGAACACCUUGGCCUGGCUGGCGCGGGAGGAAGGCUCGGCGGAAUGCGAAGAGGCGGUGGAAAACAUCAAACGGUGCCUGUCACGGCUGGGCGCGCGGUGGAGGUUGGCGGUCGAGUAUGGUCGGAUGUUAGAGGAGCAGGCGUUUGCGUACAUGAUGCAAGACCAGGGACACUCGAAAAUACGCGGGUGGUGA